GGCCUCGCCGUAUUCAGCGUUUUCGAAGUCGGAAUGGUUCGCUCCAUCCGUUUCGGCUCUGGUCUCGUCGUCGCCCGUCUCCCCAACGGUACCUGGUCGGCUCCGUCCGCGAUCGCCACCGAAAAAUUGAAGGUCAAGGGCCAAUUUGGGAUGGAAUUCACCGAUUUCGUAUACGUGCUCAACAGCGAUGCUGCCGUGGAGAAGUUUUCAGAGGGGAAGAACUUCAUAUUGGGUCAGGAUGUCUCCAUAGCGGUUGGACCGUUUGGACGCAGCGCAGAGCUUGCAGGAGACUCAUAUAACGCUGAUAUAUUCGCCUACUGCAAGACACGUGCUGUCUUUGGAGGGUCAACGCUCGAAGGAGCGACUAUUGGCGAGCGACCGGAUGCAAAUCGGAAGUUGUAUCAGGAGAUGGUCGCACCAAGGCAGUUACUCCGGGGCGAGGUCACUCUGCCACCAGAGACAUAUGCACUGAUGAAGAUCCUGCAUUCGACAUGGCUGCGGCCGAUCGGAAGAAGCCCAUCUCUCGACAAGACAUCCAAACCCGCGAAGAAAGAACCACAAAAUUCUGAAGCAGUAGAGCUAUCGUCUGAGCUACCAGAGACUUCUGAAUCGCCGACAACAACGGCAGCUUCCUCUCCAGUAACACCACGAUCUACCUCACGAGAGUCUCGGUUUUACGGACCAAAACAGACAGGACCUCAGAUCACGAUAGAAAUCACCGAUUGUUCAGCAGUUGAGCUGCCGAAGAGCCUAACGAUGGACCCACCACCGCAGCGAAAUUCCGUUGCGAUACAGCCUGAUUCAAGUUCAAGCUCCCCUACUCGACGCCCGACUGUUUUGACACCGGGGAGACGAUCGUGGAGUGUCUCGUCGUCCGACAACAGCUGGAGUCGUCAUGAUCCAUUGCCCAUUUGA